AUGAAUUUAUUUGAGGUUUCGCCUGCUAGGCGUUUAUUGCAUUCCUUGUUUUCUUUUCCGCUAUUGGAAUCUAUUCUUGUCCUCGAUUCAACAGUUCCACAAUCCAGUUCACAAUGUACAGCUGCUUUUCCAUGCUUUCUUGUCGACUCUGUUAAAGGACCUAUUGUUAAUUUGCAACUUGUCGGUUUAUAUAUUUCUUCGAAAGCAAUUGAUGCACUAUGUGAACGAUUUUAUAAGACUUUAAAACGGAUGGCUAUUGGUUGUACAUACGGUAAAGAAAAUAAAAAGGAUCGGUACUGUAAAGCAAUUGCUAAACUUCAGGUAGUAGAAGAUUUGGACAUUCCACCAUAUAUUUUUCAUUUGGGUGAAACAUCUCAAAUUGAUGAAUCGAUUACGCGACUUUUGAGCAAACUUCCGCUGAAUUGCCUUGGCUUUCGACAUUAUAACUCAGCUGUAUUGUUUCAAUUUAUCGAAUUCAAAAUGCCACAUAAUAUUCGAUUACUUAGGAUACAUCAUAGCGCAAAUCGGAUACCAAAUUUUGCACAACUUGGAACACCACAACCGAAACCGGAAGAAAAGCCAUCACAACGGAAAAGUUCUUGGUUGAAUUCACGAAAUGGUAGCAAUAUGGGAUCUAAAAAUAGCAUUAAUAGCUCAUCUGAUCGAAGCCUAGAAAGUUUAACAAAUGAGAUGUGGAAAGAAUCAUCACGAAGUAGCGUUUCCACAUCUGGUACCUCAGAAAUUACUCAAAUGAUCGUUACAAAUUGUUCCAAUGAACAGAAACCAAGGCAAUCUUCUCUCGCUUCUAGAAAUUUGACAAUUUUUGCAAUCGAAGAAGCACCACGUAAAAUGAUGGAAUGCGCACGAAAGCUUCGUCGACGUGUUUACUCAGGGGUACAAGUUUUUUAUGUGCAAGAAAGUAUGGAUACUCAGGAAAUUUUGGGUCGUAUGGCAGCACCAAUACGCUCACCACAUGUCUAUACUAGGUCAUCAAAACGAGAAAUACGUGUAAUUAAAGGUGACCUGGUGAAACCAAUACCACUAUCAAGCCUAGGAAUGGAAAGUGAUUAUGAAAUGAGUGAUUGGGAAGAAUAA